GUAGAGAUUGUAAAGGUUUUAAUUUCAUUUUUAAAUUAUAAUAUCGAUAAAUUGCAAAUGUAAUUGUAAAUAUAAUUUGAAUUUUUUACGAUAAAAUGGCCGUAAAUACGGGACGAUAUUAUCGUGACAAAACGGAGGAUAAGAAAAAUUUUUUAUUACGGCAGGAAAAUGUUCCAAGAGAGAACACUACCGAAGGCAGAUUAUAUCAAAUUAAAGAGAACAACCAUAUCGAUAAUCUUUAUGGCUUUCACAAAGUUACGGAUGUUAAAGAGAGAAUUGGAUUUCUUUUUAAUAUGCACACGACAGAUAUCGUCGAAGAUGAUAAGCAAUUGGUCACUGGCGUUGACUACUAUUUUCUCGAAGAAGACGGUACUAGAUUUAAAAUUUCUUUACCAUAUUAUCCCUACUUUUAUAUAUUAUGUCAAGAUGGGACGAAUCAAGAAGUAAUUACAUUUUUACAAAAGAAAUACAGUGGCAUUUUACUUAAAGCCGAUAUUGUUACCAAAGAUGAUCUUGACUUACCAAAUCACUUAACUGGCUUAAAAAGAGAUUACGUCAAACUGUCAUUUACCAAUUCUCUAAAUAUGUUGAAAUUAAAGAAAGACAUAAUGAGCACGGUUAAAGUGAACAAGGAGCGUGAAAAAAGUAACACUCAUUAUACAAAAUUAUUGGCUGAAACUUUUGAACAUCACGAACAAAAUCAUAGAAAAAUUAUCGAUAACAUGGAUAAUAUUCUCGAUAUAAGAGAACACGACGUACCUCAUCAUAUAAGGGCUUCCAUCGAUUUGGGGAUUUUCGUCGGUGCUUGGUAUUCGAUAAAGGCUCGAGGUCCAAAUCAGCCACCGAUCAUCACCGCAAGACCGGAUAUCGUGGAACCACCCGAACCAGUUAUUUUAGCAUACGAUAUCGAAACAACCAAACUACCAUUAAAAUUCCCGGAUGCAAAUACCGACCAAAUAAUGAUGAUAUCUUACAUGUUAGAUGGACAGGGGUACUUGAUAAAUAACAGAGAGAUAAUUUCCGCUGACAUCGAGGACUUUGAAUACACUCCAAAACCAGAGUUCGAAGGAUUUUUCACCGUCUGGAAUGAACUAAAUGAAAAAGCAGUCAUUAAUAAAUUUUUCAAUCACAUUAAUGACGUUAAACCACACAUAUUCGUAACGUACAAUGGUGACUUUUUUGAUUGGCCAUUUAUAGAAACUAGAGCGGCUGUUCACAAUAUAAACAUGAAAGACAGAAUCGGAUUUGCAAAAAACAAAGACGGCGUAUAUUGCAGUAGACCUGCGAUGCACUUGGACUGCCUCUGCUGGGUAAAACGAGACUCCUACCUUCCGGUGGGCUCUCAAAGCCUCAAAGCAGUAGCAAAAGCGAAAUUACGCUACGAUCCAGUGGAAUUGGAUCCGGAGGACAUGUGCCGAUUAGCUGCAGAAGAGCCCGAAAUAAUGUCAAAUUAUUCCGUCUCCGACGCAGUCGCAACUUUCUAUCUCUACCAGAAAUACGUUCAUCCUUUUAUCUUUGCCCUGUGUACCAUUAUUCCAAUGGAGCCCGAGGAGGUAUUGAGAAAAGGCUCGGGUACACUCUGCGAAUCUCUAUUAAUGGUUCAAGCUUACAGAGCCAACGUCAUAUUUCCCAAUAAACAGGAAACGGAAUUGAGCAAGUUUACGAAGGACGGUCAUCUGCUGGAUACGGAAACAUACGUCGGUGGACACGUCGAGGCACUGGAGUCUGGAGUUUUCCGGGCUGAUAUUCCCUACCGCUUUAAAAUCGUGCCAAGUGCCGUAGACAACUUGAUCGAGGGAAUCGAGAAAUCACUCGAGUACGCGAUUGAGGAGGAGGAAAAAAUUCCAUUACAAGAAGUGACAAAUUUAGACGAAGUUAUUCAAGAGAUCAAAGGCAAACUGGAAUCCUUACGCUCACAACCAUUGAGAACGGAAAAGCCCGUCAUCUAUCAUCUGGAUGUCGGAGCGAUGUAUCCAAACAUUAUCCUAACGAAUCGACUGCAGCCCUACGCGAUGGUCGACGAAUCAAUAUGUGCGACCUGCGACUAUAACAAGCCCGGGGCCUUAUGCCAACGCAAUAUGGAAUGGAUGUGGCGCGGCGAGUACUUGAAAGCCACCGCUGGCGAAUAUCAGCGUACGCAGCAACAAUUAGAAAUGGAAAAGUUCCCGCCCUUGAUACCGGGCGGCAAGCGCCGAGCUUAUCACGAGCUCAGUAAACAAGAUCAGGCCACCUACGAGAAGAAACGACUCAUGGAAUACUGCAAACGCACGUACAAGAAAGUCAAGGAAACGAGGAUCGAAGAACGCAUGCAAACAAUUUGUCAGAGGGAAAAUUCGUUCUACGUCGACACGGUGAGGGCAUUUCGAGAUCGCCGAUACGAGUACAAGGGCAUGACGAAGCAGGCCAAACAACAGGUGGCCCAAGCCGUAGCCAAUAAGGACGCCGCCGCGAUAAAGUCGGCCAAGAGCCGGGAGGUCCUGUAUGACUCCUUACAAUUGGCCCACAAGUGCAUUUUAAAUUCUUUCUACGGUUACGUAAUGAGAAAGGGCUCGCGAUGGUUUAGCAUGGAAAUGGGCGGUAUAGUGUGCUACACGGGGGCCCACAUUAUCAUGAGGGCGCGAGAAAUAAUUGAGCAGAUCGGACGACCGCUGGAACUCGAUACCGACGGCAUCUGGUGCAUUCUGCCAGGAACGUUCCCCGACAAUCUCGUCAUAAAGACGAGCAACCCCAAGAGGCCCAAGAUCGUAAUAUCGUAUCCGAACGCGGUGCUGAAUUUUAUGGUGAAAGAUCUCUUUACGAAUCACGUUUAUCACGAGCUUAUCGAUUCCGAAAUUAAGGAAUACAAGAUACGAAGUGAGAAUUCAAUAUUCUUCGAGGUCGACGGCCCCUACCUGGCAAUGGUAUUGCCCGCGGCUAAGGAGGAGGGCAAGAAAUUGAAGAAGAGAUACGCGGUGUUUAACUUCGACGGCUCGCUGGCGGAGCUUAAAGGUUUCGAAGUUAAGAGACGCGGUGAGCUGCGCCUCAUUAAGAUCUUCCAAUCGUCCGUCUUUGAGUCAUUCCUUAAGGGCAACACGUUGGAAGAGUGUUACGCCUCGGUUGCAUUAGUCGCCAAUUAUUGGUUAGACAUAUUAUACAGCAAGGGAGUAAACUUGCCAGAUUCUGAGCUUUUUGAUCUCAUUUCGGAAAACAAGUCCAUGUCGAAGAAGCUGGACGAGUACGGAGGGCAAAAGUCAACGUCAAUAUCGACGGCAAAGCGAUUGGCCGAGUUCCUUGGAGAUGAGAUGGUCAAGGAUGCCGGAUUGGCUUGCAAGUACAUAAUAUCAAAAAAGCCAUUGGAUUCGCCGGUCACCGAACGAGCGAUACCUUUGGCGAUAUUCCAGUCGGAAAUCGGCGUCACCAGGCACUACCUGAGAAAAUGGCUAAAGGACCCAAGCAUCCAAGAAAUCGACAUCCGCGACAUUCUCGACUGGCAGUACUACAUUGAUCGUCUCGGCAGUUCCAUUCAGAAGAUUAUAACGAUCCCGGCCGCGAUGCAGGGUCUAUCGAAUCCUGUUCCACGGAUACAGCAUCCGGACUGGUUGCACAAAAAGAUGAUGGAGAAGACGGAUGGUCGGAAGCAGCGGAAGAUUACGGAGAUUUUUAAACUCGAAGAGGCGUCGAAAUCAAUUACGGAAUCCGAUGAAGAAGUUGACAAUUCGACCGACUCGAUACCCGAUAUUGAGGAUAUCGGAUGUGGAAGCUCGUCCCGUAAACGCAAUAUUGCCGUGAUCACUAAGAGGAAAAGAACCUUCUCGGAAGAGGAGAAAGAGAUCCAUGAGAGGGAAAGUAGCAGCUUAAUGACGAAUAAUUGGAGAAAGGUCUUGGGAAAUCCACCACCUGUGGGAACAACGGCGGAAGAGAAAAAUGCGUGGCUAGAAUUUCACAAGGAAAAGUGGAAAUAUCAAGCGAAACAGAGAGCCGAGAGAAGGAAACUCAGCGCCACCAAACGUACCAAAUUAAGUACAUUUAAUUCCGCUCCGGCCAAAGCUCCCAAGAAUACAAAUGCACUAGGUGGCUUUUUGCAACGCGCUCAACAAAAGCUUCUCGAAACUCCUUGGCAAAUUAUUCAACUAUCCGAGACCAGUGAGCCUGGCCAGUUUCGCUUAUGGAUUCUGGUCGACGAAGAGCUUCAUCAAGUGCGUUUGAACGUUCCAAGGAUAUUUUACGUCAAUACUCGGCACGAAAGGCAGGAGUCCGAAAGCAGCAAUGCAUGGAAAAAAUGUCACAGGAUACUGCCUCGUUCGCGUCCUGUUUACAAUUUGUAUCGCUAUUCGGUACCUGAAAAAUUCUACAGGUGUCACAGUCAAACAUUAAUGAAUGACUUGAUAGAUCCCGACAUCGAAGGAAUUUAUGAAACUCAAAUGUCACUUGAAUUUCGAGCGCUAAUGCAACUCGGCUGCGUAUGUACCGUCGAUAAGCAAGCGAUACCCGAUUUACGGGACGGGACAGACAUUUUUAACUUGGAUCAAUUAGCUUACAAAAGCAUCGCUUAUCAACCAUACUUACGAAAUAUUGAGAAAAUUAAUAAAAUAUACUUGUAUCAUCAUUGGUCUACGAGUAGUAAAUAUCGUAGAGCAAUGUGGAGUUUAUUUUUAACGUCGAAGAAAAUGUGCCACAUAUUUGUAUUGGAUACUGUGAAAACUGAUCGUAUGCCUAAUAUGAAUACACUUUACGUUAAUGAAAGAAAUAAAGCGAUCGAGAUGGGUGAAAAUAACUUUGUCGACUUAAUGCCGGAAUCAAUGCAGUUUCAAAUACGAGUAGAGACGGACAUUAAAGUUAUCUAUACGCAGCUACAAAAUACUUUGAAAAAUUACAAAAACGAGACCAGAGGCCCAACAAUUGUCAUGAUACAAUCUCCGAUAGCCACGUUAACAUUGACGAGUAAAAUGCCAUACCUAAACGAGUUCCCAUUGGUAAAGAUCUUUGUACAAGAUUUAGACAAUCUUUAUGAUACGCUCGAUUGGCAAAGAGUUGGAACAAAAAUAAUGCUUCGCCAUUAUUUUAAAACGGAAAAUAUAAUAAAGCAUCUUGUCGAACAAGCCAGAUAUUUUUAUGCGCCCAUAGGAAAUUUACCAGCCGAUGUAAUUAUAUUUGGUUCGGAUUUGUUUUAUGCUCGACACUUGUACAAAGCUAAUUUUGUCCUUUGGUGGUCAGCGACAGAAAAGCCAGAUUUCGGAGGCAGUGAAAAUGACGACAGCAGGCUGUUGAUCGAUUAUGAAGAAUCUACUGGUUGUGUUAUGAAUAACUCUGGUGUUUAUUCUAAUAUUUGCUUUGAAUUAGACGUUAUAAGUUUAGCCGUCAAUGCAUUAGUUCAGGCGAAUCAUAUUAAUGAUAUUGACGGUACAAGCUCGUUCGUUGCUUUUCAUAAUGCUCCAAAAGCAUCUCUGCAAGAUAUAGCUACGAGUGAUGGAACGACUGUAACGAUACCAACUUACGAUGAGAAUGCAUUGUGCGGUCCCGCUUUUCGCAUUUUAAAGAUUAUGGUGGCCACGUGGUUAAAAGAAGUGAGCAAUUUUAAAAAUCGAUACGCCGACUGUUUACUUAUUCACUUUUACAGAUGGCUACGUUCACCUUUAUCUUAUCUAUACGAUCCAGCUCUACGACGUAUUCUGCACAAUUACUCAAAAAAAUUAUUCGUACAAUUGAUUUCAGAAAUGCAAAGGUUAGGCGCGAUAAUGAUAUUUGCCGAUUUUACCAAAAUCAUAUUAAGUACAAAAAAGAAGGAUGUAAAUGAUUCGUAUAGUUAUAUGCAAUAUAUUAUAAGUUCGAUUGCCAAUAAAGAAAUAUUUCAUAGUAUUCAUUUUGAUGUCCGUCAUUGUUGGGAGUAUAUUAUUUGGUUAGAUAUGUCUAAUUAUGCUGGUGUGAGGACGAAGCAAGAAACCGAGGAAAUCGAGCAAUCGCAAGAUAAUAAUAAAGCAGAAUUUCAUAUGAGCUGGAGCAUGAUAGAGUAUAUACCAGUUGAAAUGUGUCAAUUCGCAUUUAAUAAAAUAAUUUCCGAGUAUUAUUGUAAAAUUUAUACAGAAUUGAAAAAAAAAUCUCCAGAUGAAGUAACGGCUAUAGCAAAAAAUCUUAUAUCAAGCGAAAUAUCCCAAAAACUUUUCCACUACGUGACUUCGAUUCAUAAGAAAUAUCCAGAAAAAGUUUUAACUAUAGAGGAGCAUCCAAAUCUUGAAUUCGACAACGAUUCCACAAAAAUGACAAUAAAUCCUGCCCUGGAACUGUCUAAAACUACAUGCAAGAUCUUGUCAUUAGAUUCCCAGAUAAAGGACGAAGUCGCCGACUUACAUAGAAAUUUGCUUCGAUUAAUUAAUGUUGGUUGUUUUAGCGAUAAGGCCGAAUGGAAAGACACAUGCGUAUCCUUUAUUUUACCAGAAGUAUUAUGUGAAAAUUGUAAUCACAUUAGAUAUAUCGACCUUUGUAAGGAUAGUUAUCAGGAUGUCGAGGAAAACAAUAGGCAUAUUUGGAAAUGUCCACAAUGCGAAUUGGCGUAUGACAAUGAUCAAAUAGAAUUCGCUUUAAUUGAUAUUUUGAAUCGCAAAAGUAUAGGCUACGUUCUACAAGACCUACAAUGUUUGAAAUGUGGCGAGGUUAAACAAGAUAAUGUGAGCCAACACUGCUCUUGCUCAGGAUGUUUUAAAACGUUGAUAGCAAGAGAAAAGUUAUUAAGAACGUUAAAGAUAUUUUGCUCGAUAUCUUCAAAAUGUCAAAUGUCUAUUUUAGCAGAAAGUAUUGAAUUUAUGCUGAAA